AUGAUUAACGGUUUGCGGCCUCUAUGCUUUGAAACAGUGGUUGAGUUUCAUGGCGGAGAAGAAACUACGGUUUUUUUGAGGUAUGAGAAACUCUUUGGUUAUUGUAGAAUCUGCUACAGCCUCUGUCAUGAUCAGAAGAUCUGCCCAAACCGAGCAGAGUAUACGGAACGGAAGGUGCAAGAGGAUCACUACGAUGACUCCACACACAACUCAGGUGCUGUUACUUACAAAGCUGCGGUCAACUACGGUUCAAACAGGGCUAACGGAAACAUUGGAAAACAUGAAAUGGGAAAGGUGAACUCCAAUCACUUCCAUGGUGGACAAAACAGAGGUAAAGGGAAGCUUUUUGGUCAAAAAGAGGAGGUGAAACAAUCCCAUAUGGGAGAGAGUUACCGUUACCACAAAGGAAGAACAGACCGUCGGUAUGGUGAAGGUUCGUCUAGAAGUGGGAGACCAACAAACUAUGCUCCUCCAAAGGAUCUACAAUACCGGAUAACAACAACGACGGCUGGUGUAUCCAAGAUCAGGAAUGCAGAGAUUGAUGAUGAAUUUCAAAACAAUAAAACUGGUGGAAGCUUGGAGGAUACUGCCGCAGAUAUGGCAGCAAAAGGGAAAGAUACAUCAGAUGCGGUUCUUAAUACAGGGAAACAGGUGAGGAAAAGCCUAGUUUUUGACGACGAAGGAUUAACAGCUCCGGAGGCACAAGAGACGAAAGAAAAGGUUCAUGAAGAAUUGAUGAGCACCAUGGAGGAAAACAAUUUGGAAAACAAAGAAGAUACAGAUCAUGAUUGGGAUGAUUUAUUAGCUAAUGAUGACUCUCUCAUGGAUUUUGAGAUUGAAGGUACGAUGGUGGAGAAUUUUCAAGAGGAUGCAACAGGGAAAAGUGAAUUGGUGGAGCAAGGUGCUACUCUAUUCGAACCAGGGGAACUGCAGUUGGAAUCAGAUGCGGUGAAGGACUUAUUGGAACAGGAAGAAGGUGAAAUCAUGGUGAAUUCUGGGGAAACCGAUGCUGAACGUGACAGAACGAAUAUCAUUGGUGUGGGUUCUGAGACAAAUAACAGUGAGAUGGGGACCAUAAUGGCCACUGUAAUGGAAGGUACUGAGGUUGGAAAUGAAGGGAACAAACCUGCAAAUAGGAAGAAGAUAAUGAAAGGCUCAUCUUUCGUUGGAGGCACUAGCAAAAAGAGGAUGGUUCAAGCUCUGAUUUCUCCCCGUAAGAAGCAGUCUGGCAAGGGUUCAUCAAACCCAAAACUGGGACUGACUGGAACAAAACCUGCAUAA